UUAGUGUAAAAUCAAUAAUUAAUUAGUAUAAAAUCAAUAAAUAGUGUAAAAUCAAUAUAUUAUGUUAUUUAGUAUCGUUUAAUUGUGUAAAAUUAAUACAUCAAAUGUACAAGUACAUAUAAUCCUAUAGACUGGUACAAGCACGUUCAAACGAACAAAAGAAAUGAAAGAUUUGAAUUCAAAUAACAAUGUCAAUAAUUUGCAAGAUUAUGAAAGCUUAAAGAAACUUUAUGACGAGCUACAACUUCAAGAGAAUGAAGUUGAGAAAGAAUUGGAAGGCGUCAUAAAGGAACACGAUCAACUUUUAAUACAGUUAGAAUCUGUGCCAAAACUUGUAUCUUCAUUGGAUAUUUUAUCUUUGGAUGGAAAUAAUUUAAGUAAUAUUAUAUCCAAGACAUCGUUGUUGGCUGAAAAUGUUAGCAGUAAAGUUCGACUAUUGGACUUUGCUAAGGGAUGCAUUCAAGAUGCCAUCAAAAGAGUUGAUGAUAUAUUGGAUUUAAAGUCAUGUGUUGAAGGUGUUAAACACUCAUUCAAGAAUGAAGAAUAUGAACAGGCUGCUGCAUUUAUUCACAGGUACUUAAGUUUGGAUGAGCGAGCACUACGUGAAAUACUACCAGCUGAUACCGAAGAAAAUGACCUAAGUGCUUCCUUUUCUUAUCUUCAUGAAGCAAAAGCAUCUCUUCAAGCAGAUGUCAGCAAAAAGUUUGACGAGGCGGUUAUUGCUAGAAGUCGACAACAAGUUGAGAGAUUUUUCAAGUUAUUUCCAUUGGUUGGAUUGCAAGAAGAAGGCUUGUUAAAAUUUUCAAAAUAUCUUCGAGCUCAGAUUGCUGAGCACUCAGAAUUAAAUCUUGAUGCAGCACUUCGUGCUGAUCCUAAAGAACGCUUAUCAUCUGUAAUCUUUGCCGGGACACUGACAAAUUUAUUUGAGAGCAUUGCAAAAGUAAUUGACGAUCAGCAACCACUUGUUGAUACUUUUUAUGGACCUGGCAUGAUGCUUACAGUUUUAAAAGAAUUGCAGUUAGAAUGUGACCUUCAAGCAAAAUAUAUCUUAGAACAGUUUUUCAUUUCAAGAAGUUUUCAAAAAGUAUGCGAAAAUCUAACUAAAACCUCUGAUAAGCAGAAAGGAUCGGACAUUAAAGAAAGGGUGGACCCAAAGGAUUUGGAUCUGCUUUUAGGUGAAAUAGUUCUUUUUAGUGCCAGAGCAGAAAUUUAUCAUGCAUUUUUAAAUAAAAGAAUACAAAAUGAUCUUGAUGUGAUACACAAUGGAAAACCUAGUGAAAAUGAAUUUUAUGAUGUUUAUUUGAAGAGUGGAUUAUGUCGUAGCAUAGAAACAUUAAUGAGUGAUUACAUUGUCAUGGAAAGUUAUUUCAUGAAGCAGAUGAUGUUAAAGGCAAUUACAAUGGAUAUGAGUGACAGAGAUUCAAUUACUUCAAGUGCUGUAGAUGAUAUAUUCUUUGUGCUCCAAAAGUGUCUAAGACGAACAAUAUCAGCAAAGAACAUGAAUAUUGCAUGUGCUGUUAUUAACAAUGCAAGUGCUAUACUGACCAGUGAGUAUAUGGAUUUCUUUAAAUCAAAAAUAAAGACUGUUGGCUUUUUGUCAAGCAGUCUUGAUAUUUCGGGAAUGUUUCAAGGGAAGGCGCAAACAAAUACUACAGAUUUAUUAACAUCUAAGCGAGACUUUUUAGUUGUCCUCAACAAUAUUGAUACAAGUUGUGAAUAUUUAGCUAAACUUGUUGCAGACAUUACAGAAGAGAGUGUUCAGAAAAUCAACCAAUCAGAGCAGUUAAAACUUCAGAGCUGUUUGAAUGAUUUGGCUUCUUGUUCCCAGGAAUUUAAAAAUAUUCUUCAGACUGGUAUAUUGCAACUUUGUACCAAUGCUUUAUUACCCAAAAUUUAUUCCUUGAUUGAUUCUUAUGUAAAUGUAAAACAUGUCUUGACAGAGGAAGAUUUUUCUUACUAUGAAGUUAACGAUCCAUUUGUGCAAAAUUUAAUUGCUGGACUGGAUAGCAAAAUUGUCUCUUUAAAGGAUUGCUUAACUACAACAAAUUAUGGUUUAGUUGUCAGCAUGUUGUGUCAUGAAAUAUCAGCAAGAUUGGAGAAGGUCAUUAUUAAGUGCACUUUUAAUAGGCUAGGGGGUUUGCAGUUAGAUAAAGAUCUUCGUUCUCUAAUUCAGUACUUAACAAAUGCUAGCGAAUGGACGAUUCGCGACAAGUUUGCACGAAUUACACAAAUCUCAACAAUACUUAAUCUCGAUAAGGUAAACGAGCUGUUGGAUUAUUGGGGUGAAAACUCUGGACCGUUAACUUGGCGUCUUACUCCUGGUGAAGUUCGGGCUGUACUUGCUCUAAGAAGCGAUUUUCGAAAUGAAGACAUUCAAAGGCUGAAAUUGUAAAUAUUUUUUAACACAAAUGUUAAAGUUGAGUAAUUA